GGCGUUGACCUGACGAACACUUUCCUCAGACCCUGUAUUGCUACCUUCCUGAGGUAAACUCCCUGGUUACACUUCACUGACCUCCCAAAUCUGCUUCAUCUUUCGUGUCUUCUGGUCCUGUAUCGUUCUUCUCGCUCUCAUCUACACUCUCUGCUUGCCUUCCAAUCCCCACGGCUGCCUACACACCAUGAAGUACGACACCCAGACGCUGCUGGCUCUACGCCACAGUGCCAAAAUUGAGAUGGACAGGUUCAGCGUCCAUGCCUUUAGCAACAACCUGCUUGGCCGACGGAAAAAUAGGGCUAGCUUCUUGUCAGAGUUGUCCUCAAAUAAAGCUCGAGACAUGCGUGCUUCCUCGUACCAAAGCGAGGCAGUCUCAUCGACAGCCUCGGAACGUGGCCUGGAAUUUCCUAUCCGUCAACCAUAUCACCCACCUCAAGGAGCCCUAGCACAGACAAAUGCCGGAUUUGCACAGUUCUUGAAGAAACACACAUCUCCCAAACACCAGCGUGUUACGGCCGGAGGUCGCAUUGUCCCCAUGGAGCCAACAGAAUCUAUUCCAAAGAUGAAACCGCUCGUGCGGAGCAAGAAUGCAAAGGCCCGGAAAAGGUCUAUGGCCAAGGAAUUGAAGAGCAACCGACAAGCUGAUGAAUGCAUGGAUAUUUCGGAACACCGUCAGACUCUGGUCGGUGAGACUGUGGAUGGUCACUAUUCAUCUCCCUCAGAGCCUUCAGUCACGGCAGACCCUAUCAAACGGCCAAGGGUGCCCAGUAUUAAUAGCCAAGGAUUCCAGAUCCCAGAUCCUUUACCUGACAUGCAGCCGUCUCCUAUUACCAACCCAUUUUCUCAACCCACCUGUUUGAUGUCGAAUGGCCAGCUGUUACCGACACUACAACAGCCGGGUGACUGUAUGCUGGGUGUCCCGAGUUAUGGGCCACUGAACUUCAGACCAGAUCAGACAAACUGGCUCUCAAAUAGCAUACAAACUUGGAACUGGCCUUACUCUGCUGGCUCUUCCAUCACAACGGCGGGUACUCCCCUUUCGACGUUCUCUGCUCCGCCAUUGGAUGUUUCGCCUCCCUAUAGCCAGGUAUACAGUUUUACUCCCGCCCUGAGUCCAGUAGUUCCAAGCACGUCGCCUUUCAAUGCAUAUAUCGCACCUAGUGGUGGAUACUGUGAUAGCAAGACUGCUGCGGACACAAAUUCUCAAUCCUCUUUGAUGGGAUCAUAUGGAGAAACUGCGUUUUGGAAGCUGUUUCAUGAAACUGUCAAGGACCACGAGGCUAUCUCCAACCAGCUCAAUCAGCUCGACAGAUAUAUGGCGAUGCAUGCGUGGGAUAUCGACACGAAUUCGAAGAACUUGCUGGUGGAACAGCGUAGGGGUCUGGUUCGUGACCUUGAUUCCGUGCGCCUGCGCAAGGAACAGUUAGAGUCGGUGCUGUCACAAGCAAAAGCGAAUGCAACAAGUUUCCGGAAGGAAAAGACAACUACACUUCUUUCACAAGUUCAACCGAUAGAUCUCGGACCUAGCCAACAUAGCCAGCUCCCAUGGGUACCCGGCUGUCUCGGUAACUGGGGCACUCCUGGAUUGUCAUCACCUACGCCUAUGAUGAAUCCGUACUUUCCGCUGAUUCACACGGCUAGUACAUCGUUUCAGUGGCAGGACAUCAACAACCCCUGUCUAAAAAACCAAGAAUGUGGGGAUUUGCACAUUAACCUGGCCUAUACUGGUGACAUUGAGCAGCCAUGCUACGAGAACUGGACAACAGAUACUAGCCAAGCCCAGGGUCUUCUCGAUGAUCCAACUGAUAACAGGCCGGUGACUACCACAAAGUCGAAACCAUCAACUAACCUCCGUCAGUUGUAUCGCAAGAUAGACGAAGCUAACCGCAGAGGCGAUCCCAUUGACGGAUUGCUCAAGGACCUUGCUGCAAUCACACUGAAACUCACGAGCUCUAAGUCACAUGAGAGUUCGGAGCAUUCGGAGCUCGGAAUAGGUAAAGGCAGUCAUCUAGCAUCAAAGACCGCCUCGCGAGGCUCUCAACUCUCUCAAAGCAAGCAUUCAAAUCAGGCUCAAACAGACCCGGGUGAUGGAGCCGCAUUAGCCCAAAAUCACACGACGAUGAACACGUUGUCGAGGAAAACUUCGAGUGAAGCUUACGUGGCCGAUAGCGAUGACGAUAGUAUCUCAUGUUCAUCUACAGCAACCGGAGAAUCGAUGGCUACCGUCCAUCGAAUCGACACAUGCCAAGCCUCCAAACAAGUAGACAGUGACAAUGAGAAUGAAGGCAGCGAUGAUAGAUUGAAAGGAAGCUUUAGCGAUUCAACACGAAAGAAAAUAUCAAUAUCGUCUACAGGAAGCCCAUCACCGAAGAAGCGUGAUACAGUCCAGCGGACACGAUACAUGAAUUCCAGGAACCGAGGCUCACACGAGUCAUUUUUAUCUAUCCUCUCCACGAAUUCAGCUGCAGCAAAGCGCGACUGCCCGCAGUUUUUUACGCAGUACCUGAAAGGGGACGGGACCUUGGUGCCUCAAAAGACAGCGGCAUUGGCCAUCUCCCAAAGCAUCAACGCGCAUGCUUUCUUGCCUCCUUUUGACGGUGCCGGCGACUUUCCUGCAAGCCGUACAUCAGGACCUGUUGCUGACGAAGAUGACGUUGCAGCGCAGUCUGCUGAAAAUGGGAGGGUCGAGAAGGCUGGUUGGUAUGAGAGGAAGCGGCGUCCACGCCCUAGUCCCGCCGUACUACAAGCCUUUUUUCGGCAGAUUGAGAGAGACGAGGACAAUAUGAUACACCAGUAUUAUAUGGGGCAGCCGUACUCGAUGGCGCUGGAAUAGGGCAUCUUGUUAUCAAGCAGUGAGAUAAUCAUCUGUCAGGGGGGGCGCCAUCGAUAGCCGAUAACCACUCGGAACUAGGAAAACUCCGUAAACAACUAAUACGGAGUACUUCUUACGGGGUAACUAGUUGGUGAUUGAAGGAAGCAACGGUCGUCUUGCAACUCGCAGUGUCGAGAUAUCGAUAGCAGUAUAGGCAUAGCUUUUGC